CUCUACGUCAUCAUGUCUUCCUUUCACGGGAAUAGCAGCUAUGAGGGCCAUGCUGACCACCCUGGCUAUUCAAGUUCCCAAAACCGUACACAGAGCUAUUUGAAAACUCAGGAUCAUCUAGACAAUCCAAGCUUCCACCAUCCCAGGAGCAACCCAUAUUCUUCAGGCUUCAGAACAAAUCCAGACUACCCCAGCCCUCUAGCGGAAGCAGAUUAUCCUGGAUCUCCGAGCAGUGCAGACUACCGCAGCGCCAGGGGUCCUUCAUUCUCUGCGCAUUCCAGAACAAGGCCAGACUAUCACGAGUCUUUACCUGAGCCAGACUAUAAUGACUUCCGGAGCGAUCCCUACCGCACAGGCUCAUCCCCAGAGCCUGACUACCCCGAGUCUCAGCGCCAUCCUGGUUUUGCGAGAGACAGAAGCAGCAACAACAAUGCAGGUUCCAGAGCCAACCUAGGUUAUUUGGGGUCCUUGGAAGAACCAGACUACCCUGGAGCUCAGGGCAGCUUUGAUCAUCCUGGCCCCAGGGCCAGUUCCAACCUGCCAGGCUCCAGAAGAGAUGUUGGUCACGCUAACUCCGGAAGCAAUUCUUACCUAGACACCUUUGGGGAACCUGAUUACCCAGGUGCUGAGAAUCAGCCAAACUCGCCCCACUUUUAUGGAGAACCAGACUAUCCUGGUGCCGAGGGCUCAAAGAAUGUUUCAGACUUUUGGGGAGAACCUGAUUAUCCAGGUGCUGAGGAAGAUCAUGGUUAUGGCUCUUCCAAAGUCAUCAGGAGGAGUAAUGGCCCCUUUGGCAUGCUAGGGAGAGAGAAUGAAGAUUAUCCUGAAGGCAUUGAGAUGGCACCCAUGGAGAUGGCAGGUUGGCAGGGCCACUCUCUGCCAGGUGAUCCUAGAAAUGGCUAUGUGAAUCCUGCUUAUGAGAGAGGAAGCAGCCCUAUCUGUGCAGAUGGAAACCUGCUGCUGUGUGAGCGUGACUGGCACAUGUCACCCCAAGGACAAAAACUAAUUGCAUCCCUGGUUCCCAUGACAUCUAGGGACAGAAUCAAAACCAUCAGAAACCAGCCAAGGACCAUGGAAGAGAAGAGAGAGCUUAGAAAAAUAGUUGACAAAGAGAAGAGUAAACAGCGCCAUGGUGCCCUGGAGAUCAACUGCUGUGCUCAGUGUCUGAGCUCCCUAUCCCUGGCUUACCGCAGAACCAGGAGCAACCUUUCAGAGCUCCUCGAUUACGUCAGCUUGUGGCAGAAGACAUUCAAGGUCAUCGGAGGCAAGUUUGGAACCAGCGUCCUGUCCUAUUUCAGCUUCCUGAGGUGGCUUUUGAAGUUCAACAUCUUCUCAUUUGUCAUGAACUUCAGCUUCCUCAUCAUCCCGCAGUUUACCGUGGCCGAGAGGAACAUCCACCACUUCACUGGGUUGGAGUUCUUCACAGGUGCGGGCUAUUUUACGGACACAGUGAUGUACUAUGGCUUUUACACCAACUCCACAAUCCAGCAUCGGACGGGUGGACCGUAUUACAACAUGCAGUUGGCCUACAUCUUCACCAUCGGAGCCUGCCUGGUCAUCUGCUUCUUCAGUCUGCUCUUCAGCAUGGCCAAGUACUUCCGGAACAACUUCAUCAACCCCCAUAUUUACUCCAGAGGGAUUGCUAAGCUUGUCUUCUGCUGGGACUUCACUGUCACCCAUGAAAAAGCUGUGAAGCUAAAACAGAAGAAUCUGAGCACAGAGAUCAGGGAGAAUCUGUCUGAGAUCCGCCAGGAGAACGACAGGCUCACGUUCAACCAGCAGCUGACCCGCUUUUCCACUCAUGUAGCCGCCUGGCUCGUCUCUACCGGAGUGGCUGCAGCCUGCUGUGUAGCUGUGUACUACUUGGCUGAGUAUAACUCUGAGUUCUUGAAGACGCACAGGAACCCUGGGGCGGUGCUGUUACUGCCAUUUGUCGUAUCCUGCAUCAACCUGGUCGUGCCUCGCUUCUACUCCAUGUUCCGCCUAGUGGAGAGGUUCGAGGUACCAAGGCAGGAAGUCUACGUCCUCCUCAUCCGAAACAUCCUUCUGAAGAUCUCCAUUGUUGGAAUUCUUUGUUACUAUUGGCUCAACAUCGUGGCCCUGUCAGACGAAGAGUGCUGGGAGACCUUCAUUGGCCAGGACAUCUACCGGCUCCUUCUCAUGGACUUCGUGUUCUCAUUGGCCGAUUCCUUACUGGGAGAGUUUCUGAGGAGGCUCAUUGGGACGAGAUUCAUCACAAGUCUCAGCUUACAGGAGUUUGACAUUGCCAGGAAUGUUCUAGAACUGAUCUACGCACAAACUCUGGCCUGGCUUGGAAUUUUCUUCUGCCCACUGCUGCCGUUUAUCCAAAUGAUCACUCUCAUCAUCAUGUUCUAUGUCAAAAAUGUCAGCUUGAUGAUGAACUUCCAACCUCCAAGCAAGGCCUGGCGGGCCUCACAGAUGAUAACGUUCUUCAUCUUCUUGCUCUUCUUCCCUUCCUUCACGGGAGUGCUGUGCACCCUGGCCAUCACCAUCUGGAGACUGAAACCUUCCGCAGACUGUGGUCCCUUCCGAGGUCUGCCUUCCUUCAUUCAGUCCGUCUACAGCUGGAUCGAUACCCUACACCAAAAGUCUGGCUACCAGUGGGUCGGCUGGAUCUACCACAACCUUAUCGGAAGUGUGCACUUCUUUUUCAUCCUCACCCUCAUCGUGCUGAUCAUCACCUAUCUUUACUGGCAGAUCACAGAGGGCAGAAAGAUCAUGAUCCGGCUGCUCCAUGAACAGAUCAUCAACGAGGGUAAAGAUAAGAUGUUCCUGAUAGAAAAGUUGACCAAGCUGCAGGAUAUGGAGAAGAGAGCCAACCCCAGUGCACUGAUCCUGGAAAGGAGAGAGGUGGAGCAACACAACCCUUUGUAUUUGGAGGACCUCAGCGCUGCUCAUGAGUUGCGAAUGAGGCGAUCAGUGCAAGAAGAGAAUCCAGAAGUCUGAUGACGACUGUGUGUUGAUGGCAGCCAGAUGGCAGUCAAAACAAGAAAGACGAUAAAAACAAAUGGGACAGCCUCCCUGACGGCUGGACCUCGGGAGCUUCUCAGGAGUGGAAUCUAAGCCUGAGCCAAGAGGACUCUGACCCACAGUGCAGAUGGCUCUAUAAAACAGGGCACACUUACUUCUCUUCCAACGAGGACUGCUGAUUUUUUUCCUCCAAAACAAAGUACUUGAAAUUUUCUAAUUAAAACUAUUAAAAUAUUGGGAUUAUCCCACAAACACCUGGGAAGAGGUAGCCUGCAAAUAUUGCACUUUUAUCUUUAAGAAAUAUGCAUCUGCAUGAUAGAGCCUGUAAGAAUCUCUCUUCCUAGACCUGGCAAUGGUUUAAAAACUGGUGCUCAGAAAAAUGGUCCACAGUGAAUAAAAAUGUGAUCCUU